AUAGUAGUAUAUCGGUUGACAUGGAGGCUAUUAUCAAGUCUUUUGGAAAAAUGUGCCAAGGCAUGGGCAAGACCAUUGAUCGAUGGGGAGUUUCCAUGCAGGGAAAGCUUGCGGUAACGGAAGAGCUUCUUCCCUCUUGUCGUGUCCUCAAGUACGGAAGUGCCACUCCUUGCGUUAAUCGCGCUGCAUACAUUGCCACAAGUGCCACCGUCUCUGGAGACGUUUCCUUGGGAUGUUGUUCUUCUGUUGGUUAUGGAUCGACUCUGCGAGCUGAUCUUGCUGGAAUUAAGGUUGGAAACAAUACGCAUAUUAAGGACAAUGUUGCCAUCCACAUCGAUUCCACGAUUCCUACCGUGAUUGGAGAUAGUGUUGUGAUCGGUAACGGCGCCAUCAUCCACGCCUGCACGAUCGACAACAAUUGUUUGAUUGGCGAAGGCGUCACCGUUCUCGACGGAGCUCACAUCUGCGAGGGUGCAGCGAUCGCCCCCGGCUCCGUGGUCACGCCUCGCAAGACGGUGGGCAGCGGGGAAGUCUGGGCUGGAAUUCCGGCUCGGAAGGUGCGCACGCUGUCGGCCGCCGAGAAGGAGGAGAUCCGCAAGAUGUGCGACGAUCUGACGGAGGUUGCGAACCUGCACGCGGAGGAGACGGCGAAGGACUACAAGCAGGUGAUCGUGGACGCGGCGGAUGCGGAGGACCGCGCGACUCGCGACAUUCACUACGCGUACAACCCGAACCCGAACGGAGUGAAUCCUCAUCGCCGAGGCCUGAUUUACGACCGCCUGCCGCCCGAAUUCGACGACCCCGAGGAGGUUCCGGCGGUGGUGCAUCGUCCGGACGCGAACGAGCUGAGAGAUCUGAAGUAUGAUGUGGUGCAGACGGACGAGGAGGAGUACGCGAAGCUGGCGCACCUUCCGGACUUCGAGGUGGACCCGAAGAGUAAAGUUUAAUGCAAUAUUCUGUUGAUUGUU